UACGUCCUGAAUAACCAUGCAAUUCCUCUGUUUUCCCACCACAUUCCUGUUAAUAAUCUUGAUCCCAUCGUUGUUGUUUCUUCUUUUCAUAAAAAACUAUAGAAGAAUACAGAACAACAAAUUCCCUCCAGGGCCAUGGAAGCUUCCGUUCAUAGGAAGCAUUCACCAACUUAAUACAGGAGAGCAAACCCAUUGGAAAUUUUAUAGGCUUGCUCAAAAAUAUGGCCCUCUGUUUCAUAUUAAGCUUGGCCAAGUAAACUUCGUGGUAGCAUCUAGUCCGUCUACUGCACAUGAGGUACUCAGUACUCAUGAUAUUUUCUUAGCCUCCCGACCCAAACUCUUGGCUGUUGAGACGGUUGGCUACAACUCGGGUGGCAUUGGCUUCUCACCAUAUGGCCCUUAUUGGAGACAGCUACGUAAAAUAUGCACUCUAGAGCUCCUUAGCAAUAAGAAGGUUAAAUCCUUAGGUUCCAUCAGAUAUGAAGAAGCUCAUAAUGUUCUUUAUAAGCUUCGAACAAUGGCUGGAUCUCCGGUGAACAUGACGGAGGUGUUUCAAACCGUGAGUAACCUGUUAAUAACUAGAACAGCAUUUGGGAUGGAGUGUAGGAGCCGGCAAAGGUUCAUAUCAGCCAUGACAGAGGCUAUCGCGCUUCUUCCAAUGUUAAGGGUUGCCGAUUUGUUUCCAUCUUUUAGCCAUCUUAUUAGCUUUUUUGAUGGAUCCAACUUCCAAAUGAAGAGGUUGCGUCGUGAGAUGGAUCAUGUUUUGGAUGAGAUAAUUGCCGAGCACAGAGAAAAGCCAGUAGUAGCUGCAGAGGGAAUGGAGGAGGAUUUGGUUGAUAUUUUGCUGAGGAUUCAAGCGAAAGGAGAGCUGCAGGUCCCACUUACCAUGGAUAACGUUAAAGCUGUGAUCUUAGACAUGCUUGUAGCCGCCACAGAGUCAACUUCAAUCACAUUGUGUUGGAUCAUGUCAGAGCUCAUUCGUCACCCUGAAGUCAUGUUUAAGGCUCAAACGGAGGCAAGAGAAGCCUUUAGAGCAAAAAAGAAAGUGGAAGCUAUUGAUAUGGAUGACCUAUACUACCUGCGUAAUGUUAUUAAAGAAACUCUAAGAUUGCACCCACCUUUACCUUUGCUUCUUCCUAGAAUAUGCACCGAGCCCAUAAAGCUCUCCGGAUUUGUGAUACCAACAGGAACUCGAGUGAUUGUUAAUGUUUGGGCAAUUGCCAGAGACUCCAAAAUUUGGGAAAACCCUGAAAGCUUUUGUCCAGAGAGAUUCAAUGAGAGUUCAAUUGAUUUUAAAGGAACCAAUUAUGAGUUCUUACCUUUUGGGUCUGGACGACGGAUUUGCCCUGGAAUUACAUUUGCAAUGGCUGGCAUAGAACUCAUUAUUGCAUUGCUUCUCUUAAACUUUGACUGGGAAUUACCAGGCGGAAAGGAUCUAAUGGAUCUUGACAUGGAAGAGGAUUUUGAUGGCACAGCCAAGAGGAAAAACGAUUUAUACUUAAUUGCCACUCCAAAUUCCCACGGAACAUUGAAAAAUUUUAUUUAGUGAAUAGAUC